GUGCUGGGACCACCGUCCCACGAACCGGGCCACCGGCCGGGCGGCUGGUCUAAUUUCUGCCUGGGCGUCGCCCCUCGGAUCCUGCUCCGGGCUGAGUGCCUAUUUCACAGAUGGCUUACUCCUCCGGUUUGUCAGGAUCACCCCGGGCAAAGCGUUGCGAAAUGUAGCGACUGCAGCGAAUAACUGGUAAAAAAAAGCUCAUUUUCUUCGUGUGGGUUUCAUCUUAACUCCAACAUCAUGUCUGGUUCUCAUGGUGCUAAAGAGAAUUCCCACAAGAAGGCUCGGACAUCUCCUUACCCAGGUUCAAAAGUUCAACGCAGCCAGGUUCCUAAUGAGAAAGUAGGCUGGCUUGUUGAGUGGCAAGACUAUAAUCCUGUGGAAUACACGGCAGUCUCUGUCUUGGCUGGACCUAGGUGGGCAGAUCCUCAGAUAAGUGAAAGUAACUUUUCUCCCAAGUUUAAUGAAAAAGAUGGGCAUGUUGAGAGAAAGAGCCAGAAUGGCCGGUAUGAGAUUGAAAAUGGAAGACCUAGAAACCCUGCAGGACGCACAGGAUUGGUUGGCCGAGGGCUUUUGGGGCGAUGGGGCCCAAAUCAUGCUGCAGAUCCCAUCAUAACCAGGUGGAAAAGGGAUAAAAGUGGAAAUAAAAUCACCCACCCCAUUUCUGGGAAAAACAUCUUACAGUUUGUUGCAAUCAAAAGGAAAGACUGUGGAGAAUGGGCAAUUCCAGGGGGAAUGGUGGACCCAGGAGAGAAGAUUAGUGCUACACUGAAGAGAGAAUUUGGUGAGGAAGCGCUCAACUCCUUACAGAAAUCCAGUGCUGAAAAAAAACAAUUAGAGGAACAGUUGCACAAACUCUUCAGCCAGGAACAUCUAGUGAUAUAUAAGGGAUAUGUUGACGAUCCUCGGAACACUGAUAAUGCAUGGAUAGAGACAGAAGCUGUGAACUACCAUGAUGAAACAGGUGAGAUAAUGGAUAACCUUACCCUCGAAGCUGGAGAUGAUGCUGGAAAAGUGAAGUGGGUGGACAUCAGUGAUAAACUCAAGCUUUAUGCUAGUCACGCUCAAUUCAUCAAACUUGUGGCAGAGAAACGAGAUGCACACUGGAGUGAGGACUCUGAAACUGACUGCCACGGGUUGUAGCUCACAGCCUCAUGUCAGCCAAAGGCCAACAGAGGAGCAAGUACUGCAAAGAAGGCAGGAUCACAGAACUCAAACGAGCAAGCUGGAUUGGUAACUUGGAAAUUAUUUUAUUCACUUUUAAAACGAUUUUUUUUCAUGUAGAAGGUUUUACAUCAGAAUAAAAUUAGUAAAUAUGGUGAAAUAUAACAUGGUAUUUUCUGCUUUCUAGUCAAAAGAAACAAACAAUCAUAUUUUAUAUAUAUUCAAUUUAAGCAUGCUUUUAACCAAAUUUAAACAGCUUCGAUGCUCUAAAGAAUUGUAAUCUGAAUAAAGAUAAAUUUCUGAUGAGCCCUGAGUUCUGCUUUCCAUCUGGUUCUUGUUUGUCAGUUUUUUUUUCUGUUCCCCUUGCUCUUCUGUGGUCUGAAGGGUGUUCCUGCCACAUCAAAUUCCUUUAGGAGGAGCACCACCAUCAUGCAGUCUGAAUUAUCUCUUAAUUAUUGGCUUCAAAUCUUGCUUUACAUGUACUUGUUGAAGCUGAUUUAAAAAAUGGAAACUUUAUUCUUGUCUUUAGAGCCGUCAGUUUUAUGAGGAAAUUUCAGCCCUCUUUUAAUUAAUAAAGAUCAAUAAAUAA